GCGCGAGUCCCGAGCUAACGGCGGGUGUGGGAGCCGUGCCGGAACGCGGCGGCGGCGGCGGCGGCGGGCUGUGCUGGAGGGCCUCGGGGCGUCUGAGGAACCCUCGCUUUGGAACUCCCGGCCGUCGGAGCACUGCGGGCCCUAGAAUCAUGAAUCGACGCACCGCGGUGUCCCAGAGCUGGUUUCUGAUUCCCCCAGCAAGACUGCCUCUCCGGCCUGGCCAGGGCCCACGUGCCAGGCUGGACAUGGACGCCGUCUUCUCCCUACUGCUGGCCAGAGCCGUCGGUCCCCGUCCCUGAAGACGGGCCCACCAUGUUUUAUGGGACCCACUUCAUCAUGUCCCCACCUGCCAAGAGCAAGCUGAAGCGCCAGAGCCAGCUGCUGUCCAGCGUGCUGUCCCGGACGCUGAGCUACAAGUACCGCGACCUGGACGCCACCUUUUCCAGCCUGGGCGCCAGUGAUGACCCUGCCGAGCUCUCGACCCAGCUCUCGGCCCCCGGGGUUCUGAAGGUGUUUGGAGACAGCGUGUGCUCGGGCACCCACUACAAGAGCGUCCUGGCCACCGGCACGUCCAGCGCGCAGGAGCUGGUGAAGGAGGCCCUGGAGCGCUACGCCCUGAGCCCCGAGCGCGCGGGACAGUACGUGCUGUGCGACGUGGUGGGCCAGGCCGGCGACGCCGGGCGGCCGUGGCAGGCCGCGUGCGUUCGCGUGUUCGGGGACAACGAGAAGCCCCUCCUGAUCCAGGAGUUGUGGAAGCCCCGGGAAGGCUUGUCCCGGAGGUUUGAGCUGAGGAAGCGGUCGGACGUGGAGGCGCUGGCGGCCAAGGACGUGGACACCGUGACGGCAGGGAUCAACGCCCAAGCCCGGAGGCUACAACGGAGCCGCGCCAAGGGGACCCCAGCCCCGACCUCGGGGGGUGGCCGGAGCCCCCCUCCUCACCUGCUGCGCCGCACCGUCAGCGAGACCAGCCUGAGCUCGGCCACCACCGUGCCGGACGCCGCCCGGGGCCCCGAGGAGCCUGGCCAGGACGCCAUGCGCUGCUCGCUCUACGAGUCGCCGCACCUGCUCCUCCUGCAGGGCUACAGCCAGCAACACGACAGCCUGGUGUAUGUGUUGAACCGGGACCGGCACACCGUGGGCCACAGGACCCCCUCCAGCAAGCCCAGCAUCAGCCUCUCGGCCCCUGACAUCCUGCCCCUGCACUGCACCAUCCGCAGGCGCCAACCUGCGGGCCGGGAGCCAGCCGGGGCACGGCUGGUCCUGGAGCCCAUCCCCGGGGCGCCCGUCUCCGUCAACUUCUCGGAAGUGGGGGGCCGCACGGUAGCGCUGCACCACGGGGACCUGCUCUCCCUGGGCCUGUACUACCUGCUGCUGUUCAAGGACCCAGUGCAGGCCCAGCCCCUGCCCACCCAGGCCCUCGCCCGCCUCCGGGUCGUGCCGCAGAGCUGCAGGCUGUGCGGGGCCGUGCUCCAGGCCCAGGGCACCUCCAGCUCCGCGCGGGCGGCCCCGCCUCGGCCCCGGCAGCUGCACUUGGAGUUUGAGCCCGACGUGGAGGACGCGCUGCUGCAGCGGAUCAUGACGCUGGUGGAGCCCGGCGGCGACGACCACAAGCUGACCCCCGCCUUCCUCCUCUGCCUCUGCAUCCAGCACUCGGCCACCCGCCUCGAGCCGGGCUCCUUCGGGCAGCUCCUGCUCAAGAUAGCCAGGAUGAUCCGAGAGACCGUCUGGGAGAAAACCAAAGAGCUGGCAGAGAAGCAGGCGCACCUCCAGGAGCCCCUGUCCUCGGCCAGCGUCACCAUGGCGGGCCUGGCCCCGGACCUGCAGCACCUUCUCUUCUGGAUGUCCAACUCGGUGGAGCUGCUGUACUUCAUCCAGCAGAGGUGCCCUCUCUACAUGCAGAGCCUGGAGGAGGAGCUGGACGUCACAGGCUCCAAGGAGUCGCUGUUCUCCUGCGCCCUGACGGCCAGCGAGGAGGCCAUGGCGCUGCUGGAGGAGGUGGUGCUGUACGCCUUCCAGCAGUGCGUCUACUACGUCUCCAAGUCCCUGUACGUCUGCCUCCCGGCCCUGCUGGAGUGCCCCCCUUUCCAGACGGAGCGCCGGGAGAGCUGGUGCUCGGCCCCCCAGCUGCCCGAGGAGCUGCGCCGCGUCGUGUCUGUCUACCAGGCGGCCCUGGAGCUCCUGCGGCGGCUGCAGGUGCACCCCGAGAUUGCGGCCCAGGUGCUGGCCUACCUCUUCUUCUUCUCCGGCACGCUGCUCCUCAACCAGCUCCUGGACAAGGGCCCCUCUCUGAGUUGCUUCCACUGGCCCAGAGGCGUGCAGGCCUGCGCCCGCCUGCAACAGCUCCUGGAGUGGACGAGGAGCGCUGGCUUCGGGGAGGCUGGAGAGCGCUUCUUCCGGAAGCUGUCCUGCACGCUCGACCUGCUGGCCACUCCCAGUGCCCAGCUCAUCCAGAUGAGCUGGGCGAGCCUACGGGCCGCGUUCCCCGCCUUGAGCCCCGCACAGCUGCACCGGCUGCUGACUCAGUACCAGCUGGCCUCGGCCAUGGGCCCCAUGAGCGCCUGGGAGCCGACCGCCCAGGACUGCCCGGAAGCCUUCCGGUCAGACGAGGUCCUGGAGUCCUACGAGAACCCCCCGCCCAUCGUUUUGCCGAGCGAGGGCUUCCAGGUGGACCUGGACGCGGACCGCCUGGACGACAGCAUCUACCAGCACCUCCUCUACAUCCGCCACUUCCUGUGGAGCCUGCGGAGCAAGCCCAGUGCCAGCGGGGGGCCCGCGCCGCCGGAGUGCCCCCAGGGCCCACACCAUGCCAGCCCCGAGGGCCACCCCGAGGCUCCCAGGGACCCUGGCCAGGGAGCCCGUGAGGCCAGCCUGGAGCACCCGCUUCCUUCUUCAGGGGCUCCCCGCGCUCAGGGCCCCGCAGGAAGGCCAUCAGGCCGUGUGAGCCGCGGGGGCCCCCAGCCCGGGCCCCUGCACGGGGACGCAUCGUGCCUGCUCACACCUCCCGCCACCCCACUCGAGCCCACUGUCCCUGAGUGGCCCGAAGCCAGCAGCUCCUGUGGGAAAGCACUUCUGGAAGGGAGCAGGAACGGGCUGGGUGGCACCCGGGGCACGGCUCCUGAAGGAGACGGCGCGGCGUCCGCGGACGAGCCCCCUCUGGCCCCCUCCAGCCGCAGCUCCAGCACCGAUGACUUCUGCUACCUGUUUGUGGUGGAGCUGGAGCGGGGCCCGUCGGGGCUGGGCAUGGGCCUGAUCGACGGGUUGCACACGCCCCUGGGCGCCCCCGGGCUCUACAUCCAGACCCUGCUCCCGGGGAGCCCCGCGGCGUCCGAUGGGCGGCUGUCGCUGGGAGACCGCAUCCUGGAGGUGAACGGCAGCAGCCUGCUGGGCGUCGGCUACCUGAGAGCCGUGGAUCUGAUCCGACACGGGGGAAAGAAGAUGCGGUUUCUGGUUGCCAAGUCCGACGUGGAGACAGCCAAGAAAAUCCGCUUCCGCACACCCCCUCCCUAGGCGGCCUCCACCUGCGGUGCCCAGGUUGUGUCACCCUCUGCCCGCUGCUCCGUGUGGUGCGCGACCUCCAGGGCCCUCGGCCUGUGGAUAAUGUACAUCGUAGUGUGUAUUUUAUUUAUAUGACAGCUGGCACCAAGUUGUGAUGUUUGUUACAGAGCUUUUGUGUUGGGAGACUUUAAUGGAGAAGUAUAGAUUCAAUAAACUCUCUUUCAUAUUCUUA